AUGAAGUGUGAGAACAGAUGCCAUUGCAUUGGCAAUUACAAGAGAAUCAAUGGAGUGUGUCAACCUCCAUCUAAAUGCAAGUGUCCGAAAAAUGAGGAGUACAAGUACGCCAACAAAUGCAAUGAAGAAUGUGGGAAAUCUCAAAGUGAUUGUUCCAAUCAGAAGCAGUAUUUUGACUGUUUCUGCAAGGAAAGCUUCAAAAGAAUUGGCGGAGUUUGUGUUCCUGACACCAAAUGCGAAUGCCCCGAAAACGAAGAAUACGUUUAUGGAAAUAAAUGCGAUGAAGAUUGCAGCGCCAAACCGGGCGACUGCAAGGACGCAGAAUGUUACAAGGGAUGCUUUUGCAAGGACGGGUUCAGAAGAAUCAACGGAUUGUGCAUUCCUGACACAAACUGUCAUUGCGGUAAAAACGAAGAAUAUAGCAAUGGAAAUCCAUGUUUCGAAGAUUGUACUAAAACUCUGUUGGAAUGUGUUGCGGAGGAUGUUUACAAGAGAUGUAACUGUUUACUGGGAUUCAAGAGAGUCAAUGGCAGAUGUGUCCCAGACACGGCAUGCAAGUGCAAGGCUCACGAGUCAUACAGAUAUUCAAGUGCUUGUGAAGAGCAAUGCAAUAAUGGUUCAUUAGAUUGCUCUCAGGAUUUGUGCUACAAGGGUUGCUUCUGCGACGAAGGUAGAAACGAGGAGUAUACUUUCGGAGAUCGGUGCCAUGAAUCCUGCAGCGAAAACUACGAUAACUGUCCGCAGAGAGAAACCUACAGGGGAUGCUUUUGCAAGGAAGGUUUUGUCCGAGUGAAUGGGAUGUGUCAGCCAUUUGACAAAUGCCCGUGCAACGACAAUGAAGUUUUUACUUACGGAAACUCAUGCGAAGAGGAAUGUAAGUACGGCGAUCAAGAUUGCGCUGAAGAGUCCAGCUCCAAAGGAUGCUUUUGUGAUGAUGGAUAUGUUAGAAUAAAUGGAUUAUGUGUGCUUGGCAGCAAUUGUGGAUGUGGCGAAAACGAGGAAUAUGCCAAUAGCAACGAAUGCUCCGAAGACUGCAGUAAAACGUGGAAUGAUUGCCGAGAGGAGCCGAGCGCCUUUAGAUGUGUCUGCCUGCGCCACUACAAGAGGAUUGAUGGAAAAUGCGUCAAGGAUGUCAAUUGUCCGUGUCCGGAAAAUGAGUUUUCAGGCCAUUCCACUGAAUGCGAUGAAACCUGUGGAACUACUCCUGAUGAAUGUGGAUUGAUAACGAUCAUCAACAAAUGCUUCUGCAAGCCCGGUUACAAGAGAAUAAGCGGAGUGUGCGUUGAAGAUUCACUUUGUCCAUGCGCCGAUAAUGAAGAAUACACUUUCGGAGAUCGGUGCCAAGAGUCCUGCAGAGAAAACUACGACGACUGUCCGCAGGGAGAAACAUACAGGGGAUGCUUCUGCAAGGAAGGAUUUGUCCGAGUGAAUGGGAUAUGCCAGACCUUUGAUAAAUGUCCGUGCCAGGGAAACGAAAUAUUUAGAUACAGUAGUAAGUGCAAUGAAGUGUGUAAUGACGGUACUCAUGACUGCACUCUCGAGACCUGUACAAAGGGAUGUUUCUGCGAAGAUGCACAUGUGAGAAUAAAUGGAAUUUGUGUGCCAAGCAGCAAUUGCCCUUGUCCGGAAAACGAGGAGUAUAUAUAUAGUACUGAUUGCUUAGAGAACUGCGAUAUAAUUUGGAGUGAGUGUCUGAAUGUUGCCAGUACUUUCAAAUGUCAUUGCAAGAGAAACCACUAUAGAGUCAACGGUAAAUGUGUUCCACAAAGAGAGUGCCCCUGUCCGAAUAACGAAGUCUACGGUUUCAUGAAUGAUUGCUAUGAGACAUGUGGAACUACCAUACAAGAGUGUGCCAUUAUAAAUAAUAACAAUAAAUGCUAUUGUGAUUUUGGGUACAAAAGAAUAGCAGGACAAUGCGUUCCUGAGGAUAUGUGUUUUUGUGAAGACACAGAAGCUGAAUAUAAGUCUGGCAAGGCGUGCGAUGACGAGUGCAUUCCACCAGACGACUGUCCAACCCAUGAGUGCUUCAAAGCUUGCUACUGCAAGGAAGGAUUCAAGAAGAUUGGUGGAGUCUGUAAGCCGGAGUCGGAGUGUUUGUGUCCCAAUGAUCCUAAUGAAGAGUACAUUUAUUCAAAUACGUGUCUGGAGAAGUGCGAUGCAACGCCGGAAAUGUGCAGAGGAAGAGCCAUUGUCGCGGGAUGUUAUUGCAAAGAGGGAUUCAGGAGAAGUGAUGCAGGACGAUGCGUUCUUGACUCUGAUUGCCCUUGUCCAGAUGGAGAAUUCGAAUAUAAGUCUGGCAAGGCGUGCGAUGACGAGUGCAUUCCACCAGACGACUGUCCAACCCAUGAGUGCUUCAAAGCUUGCUACUGCAAGGAAGGAUUCAAGAAGAUUGGUGGAGUCUGUAAGCCGGAGUCGGAGUGUUUGUGUCCCAAUGAUCCUAAUGAAGAGUACAUUUAUUCAAAUACGUGUCUGGAGAAGUGCGAUGCAACGCCGGAAAUGUGCAGAGGAAGAGCCAUUGUCGCGGGAUGUUAUUGCAAAGAGGGAUUCAGGAGAAGUGAUGCAGGACGAUGCGUUCUUGACUCUGAUUGCCCUUGUCCAGAUGGAGAAUUUGA